AAAAUGCUUUCAAAGGGUAUCUAUGUCAUUAUCAUUUAUUGUUUGAAAUUGUAACAUAUCACUAGUAAGUAGUAUCGAAUGAAAAGAAAAAAUGUCAUUACCCAAACGAAAAUGUCAAAAUUCCACCAGAAGUUGGUAUGGAUUGAGAAUUGAAAUUUCACAGUAAAACGGGUAAGCCACCGUUGGAGGUGGCAAAUGAUGUGGGAGAGAGAUUUCGAUCUGUUACUUUACAUGUGCUUUUGAGUCUACAAAACAACAGCAAUAGCAUGGAUGGUGGUGGUGGUGAGUAAAAUUAAGACUAUGAUAUAUCAUCAAUCAAUUAAUAAUGGAAUUGAAGAUGGCGAGAGUGGUUAAGAAUUGGUGGAGCCAUUCAAAGACUGUAGUUCUAAUUUGGUCUGUUUGCAUAAUCGUUUCCUUCUCUUUGCUCCAACUGGCUCUCAAAAAUUCUUCUUCCCUUAAUUACCCCUCUCCUUCGUCUUCUUCAG